GCUGCCGAUGCUCCAACGCCGCUCGCGCUUCCUGCUUAUUUCAGAGGAGCGCGAGACCACGCGGAGCCUGUCACGCGCGAUGUCUGCCGCAGAGUGGAAGCAGAAAUGCGAGGCGGAGUGGGGUCUGCAGGGCGUCCCGAUGCCUGACGCUGUGGACUGGAAGUCCGUGUAUGAAGCCAAGCCGCUGGGACGGAACCUGCUGAAGAACCCGGCUCCUAUCGGGUUUAGUAAGGACACCCCUCCGCCUGAGCCCGAGUAUCCAGAUGCUCCUCCAGGUGGACCUCCCCGCUUUCAGCCUGAAGGUAACUUUGCUAGCUGGACCACGAAAACAGAGGUCCUGCCUUAUGACACCAGUGGCAUCCCAGAGGGCGUUGUGGUCUGUGGGUUGCCGCAGCACAGCUGGUUCACCUUGGAGCAGGUUGUGGACCUGAAGGCAGAGGGACUGUGGGAUGAGCUGCUGGACAAGUUUCAGCCUGAAAUAGUCAUUCAAGAUUGGUAUGAGGAAAGUCAGCUGCACGAUUACAUCUAUGAGCUGCAUGUAAAGCUGCUGGCUGCAGACAAAACGACAAUCAUCUCACUGCACACAGCUAAGCCCAAAGAGAACAUGAGUGUUUACUCCCACAACUGGAAGGAGGUGUCUCACGUGUUCUCCAGCUACGGACCCGGUGUGAGAUACGUCCACUUCCAGCACAGACUGAAGAACAGCUUCUUAAACGACUUCUUCCCCACACGCUUCACUGACAGCUCUGUCAUUGUGAAGCCAGUCAGAAGCAGUUCAUAGGUUUAAGCUCCUAACGGAAACGUAGCUGCUAGGUGGAUUUACCUGUGGGGAACCAACACAUUAUUGUGGCUUCAUACAAACAUUGUAUUGUUGGUUUGAGUUGACACCUGCAUGAAAUGGGUGUACAGGGUGGGCACGCUAACCACGAAUUAAACAAAAGCAUUUGUUUCAAAAUGCAAAACCACACGA